UAAAUUUUAUAUCAUCCAUUUUUAUGAAGCCAGCAUUUUUCUUUCUCAUAAAAAAAAAAUCCACAAUUCAUCCCUCUUCAAAGGAAAAAAAACCCGAUUUUUGCAGCACCAACUUCCCAAAAAAAAAAAAAAGGGGGCAAAUUUGGAGACUUUGAACACACGAUCCUCACAUAAAUGGAAGGUAACUGAAUCUAAGAGCCAGGUGUAUCCUCUCUUACAAUUCCCCAACAGAAACGGCAAAUAAAACCAAAAGCAAAACAAAAACCAGCAACAAUGCGCUCAAUGGUUUUCCAAAUUUUGCAUUUACACCUUCCAAUCUUUCACAACAUUUUCACUAUCCAACCCACGCCUUUACUGGGUUUCUCUUUUUCUCUCCUCUAAUCCACUAAUCAGUCAACCCCACCUCCAAAGAUCACAUCUUUGUUGUUUACACCAUUCCCAUGACAUAAAAAGUCUCAAACUUUGGAAUUAUCCAUUCAUUCAUGGAGGUUGGUAAUACCAAACAGGGUGAUACUGGUAGUCCUCCUAGGCAAAGGUUCUACAUUGAACUCAAUCCUGGAGAGACAACAAUAGUGUCUUGGAAGAAGCUUUUGAAAGAUGCAGCAGCAAACAAGGCAAGCUCGUCUCAGUCUCAGAAUCAAACUACUACUGCUAUUGAUGCUGUUGUGGAGCCUGCUUCUGUGGAUACUGACCGGCAAGAGGCUCAGUUUUCUCUGGGCCAGCCCACUGAAUCUGUAUCAAAAAAUGCACCUUCUUCAAAUCAUCUUGGUUCUGUUAUUCAGAAAAUAGAGGGGCUCUAUGUGGAUGAGUAUUUUGAAAUUGAUGGGUCACCCACCGAACAUGAUGGAUUCUUUAUGAAUAAGGGAAAAUUAGAUCACAUGAACAAACCGAACUCAUCCACUCACUGCCAGCCAAAGAAAAGAAGGAAUAAUAUACAAAAAGCUAAAGAAGAGAAGGAUGAUGAUCAUGUAAGAAAUAAACAUGCAAAAUUAGGUCAUGCAAGUAUGGAUAUUGCUACAAGGAAUAAACCUCUGGUUGAACCAUUUCCAACCAACUCUCAUAGUUUAGAUGCUGACGGUGAACAUCAUCAUGAUGGGAAACUGCAUUCAUUGACUUAUCCCGUAGGAUCUUCUGACAAAAAGCCUGCUGCUCUUGAUAUAAGAUCUGAAAAUUCAUCUUAUUCAGGAAUAACAAACAGGGAUGAGUCCAUCUCCUGCACAAGACUGAAUAACACUGAAGAACAGAUGAAUGGAGUCCACCAGCCUGUGAAUUUGGGUAGAAGUGUGAAAGAUACAGGUGAAUUAUCUGUAGUUGCAUAUGAAAAGUAUCAAGAAAACUAUGCUCCCAGCCAACUUGGGCUGCAAUCGAAAAGAUUAGCUAGUAAAACCAGCAAUACAUCCUCUUCCAAAUUUUCUCAAAGAAACAAGAAAGGAAGGCAUGAACUACCUGACCUGAAUAUUCCUCAGUAUCCAGUGCACGCUGAAAAGAAAACUGCCAUCAUACAUCCAAAGGAUGUUUCUAGCUUGCAGCUUAAGGGUAGUACGCUUGAAAGGGCCAUCAGGGAUUUAGAGAAAGUGGUUGCAGAAUCUAGACCGCGGAAUAUUGAAGUUCAGGAUACUGAUGGCUCAUCCACAGCUAUCAAAAGAAGAUUGCCUUCUGAAGUGAAGCAGAAGCUUGCUAAAGUUGCCAAGCUAGCGCAGUCAAGCCAAGGAAAAAUAUCAGAGGAAUUAAUCAAUCGCCUUAUGAGUAUUCUUGGGCAUUUAAUUCAGCUCAGGACACUGAAGAAAAAUCUGAGAGAGAUGGUUGAAAUGGGACCAACAGCAAAGCAAGAGAAAGCUGACAGAUUCCAGCUUAUUAGAAGGGAGGUCAUGGAGAUGAUAGAACUGCAGCAGGCAUCUAAAAGAGAGAAAGCAGGUGGUGACUUUCAGAAAGCAAUUAUUUAUGAAGAAAAAGGAGCUAUGGAUGAGAAGUAUGUUAUGGACAAUAAGAUGGAAGAUAAGAUAUGUGAUCUUUAUGAGCUAUUUGUUCAGGGGAUGGAUGAAGACAAAGGUCCACAUAUCAGAAAGUUGUAUGUUGAGCUUUUGGAACUAUGGCCAGAUGGAUCUAUGGACAACCAUGGGAUAAAAAAUGCUAUUUAUAGGGCAAAGGAGCGUAGAAAAACAUUCUACAAUAAUGAAAAGGUCCAAGAAAAAGCAAGGUUGGAAGAGGUGUCCAAAUGCUGGAAGGAUAUUAAUGUUGGUGGGAAAGCAACUUCAGUUGCUCAAGCAAAACGUGCACAAGAAGGACACAGCACCCCAGCAGCCAUCACUCAGUACCUCUCUGGACCUGCAAAACCUCUUCCUCCAUUCCUAAAAGGCCGUAAUGAUGAUUCUCCUAAACAAGAGAAGCUUGAGAAAAUGACAUUUCCUAUGUUGAAAGAACAAAUGAAGCAGCAAAGGAGGGAGUUUAAUCGUGGAUUAAAAAAAUCUUCUCCAAAAGUGGACAAGGAAUCUCACAUGUCCCACAAGCAGGAGGUUGAGCAGCAAGAUGGUUUGAAACACCAUCUGACCACCUCUUCUUCAAGCUUGGGACAGCAGAACUGACCAGUGGAUCCAGUUGGAGGUUCACAGCUUGACUGUGCAUCGAAGAACAUUAUCAGUGAUCUUUUCUCAUAAUUUGUGCCUGUCCUCUUCCAGACUAGGCAUUUUGCAUAGUAAUAAGUAGGGAAUAUAGUUAUCUUGCUAUUUAGUUAAGUUAUGCUAAGAUAGAAAUAGCAGAAAACUAAUACUAACGGCAGAUUAGGCAACUAAUAUUAAUACCCAGUUGGUAUUUUGAGAACUUUGCAGGAAGAGGAAUCUUUGUUUAAGCACCUUUAUGAAAUAAUAAUAUCAGUCCAUAAAACUCUA